AUGUCUGCGAACAAAGAAUUGCAACAAGGAUACUCUGACUAUUCAUCUGCGUUGGACCAGGCAACUCUCCUCAACCGUUUAAUCGCAGCUAUGGAGAAAGGAGACCUAACCGACGAACUUCUGGAGCACAUUCCAGAGCUCAGUGAAGCCAAAAAGCUUAAUGAUAAGCUGAAGUAUCGGAAAACUAUCCUCGAGAGAAGUAUUGCUGAGCAAUUUGCCAAAAACAAGAAGAAUGGGGUGAAAGCCUCGGAACCAUCAGCAUCUUCUUCAGCGCCUGUUGAGAAGAAAGCAAAGAAAGACGGCAAAAACGGUGGUGCAGCACCAAAGCAAGCUAAAAAGGUUGACUAUGUCACCGUAAACGACUAUGGUAGUAGCAUUUUCGGGCGACUUCAGUCACUAUUCAAAAAAGCAAUCGAGGAUGCAUUCCCAGGACUAGAUGUUCCUCUCCUUUUGGCUGAAACACCGAACCCGCAGUUUGGAGACUAUCAGUGUAAUUCUGCUAUGCCUAUCGCAGCGAUACUAAAAGCCACUGGAAUCAACAAAAAGCCAGGAGAUGUUGGCAAAGAGAUUCAUGCCAAGUUGCCUGAAAAUAUCGACUUUGUAGAGAAAAUCGCAGUCAUGCCAGCCGGAUUUAUUAAUGUCUUCCUGAAUGCCGAUUACCUACGUAAACAAAUUUCUUCGCUCGCUUUGAAUGGAAUCUCCCUUCCGAAAGUAGCCAAGAAAAGAGUGCUAGUUGAUUUUUCGUCGCCAAACAUCGCCAAGGAAAUGCAUGUUGGACAUUUGCGAUCUACAAUCAUUGGAGAUUCCAUUUGUAGGCUGUUCGAAGCGGUUGGCUAUGAUGUACUUCGAGUUAAUCAUAUUGGUGACUGGGGAACUCAAUUCGGAAUGCUCAUUGCUCAUCUCUAUGACCGCUUCCCUGAUUUCUUGAAGAAACUUCCGGAUAUUUCUGAUCUUCAAGCUUUCUACAAAGAGUCAAAGAAACGAUUCGACGAAGACGAACAGUUCAAAAAGCGUGCCUAUGAAUGUGUUGUGAAACUUCAAAGCCGCGAUGGAGAAAUCGUUCAGGCAUGGAACACGAUCUGUGACGUUUCGAAAAAAUAUAACCAGAUCGUUUAUGAUCAUUUGGAUAUCAAAAUCAAAGAUGUUGGAGAGUCGUUCUAUCAGGACAAAAUGGUGGAACUCGUUAAGUGGAUCAAAGAAAACAAACCUGAUAUGCUCCGAAAAGAAGAGGGGCGCCAAAUCAUGUUCCCAACCGGAUGUGAUGUCCCACUGACAGUUGUGAAAUCUGAUGGAGGAUUCACAUAUGAUACAUCUGAUUUGGCUGCUCUGAAGUACAGGAUGCUAGAAGAAAAAUGUGACUGGAACAUCUACGUUGUCGAUGCGGGACAAAAUCUUCAUUUAGAAACUGUUUAUGCGGCUGGAAGAGAUUUUGGAUGGUAUGACGAAAACACUCAACGAGUUGAGCAUGUUGGUUUUGGGCUUGUCCUCGGAGACGAUAAGAAGAAGUUCAAAACACGAAGUGGAGAAACAGUUCGUCUUCUAGACUUGCUCUCCGAAGGAGUGAAACGGGCAACUGAAAAGUUGAAAGAGAAGGGAAGAGAUGCAGUGAUGACAGAGGAAGAAUUGGCCGCUGCUCGUGAUGCUGUGGCUUUUGGAUGCGUUAAAUACGCAGAUUUGUCUCAUACUCGCACACAGGACUACAUCUUUUCAUUCGAUCGAAUGCUUGAUGAUCGUGGCAACACUGCUGUCUACCUUCUUUACGCAUACGCUCGUAUCCGAUCUAUCGUGCGAACAUCUGGAGUCACCGAUUCGCAAUUGGCCGAUUACCUCGCCAAGACACCAAUUCUCCCACUCAAUCAUCCAGCAGAAUUGAAGCUUGCUAAACAGUUAUUGAAGCUCUCGGACUGCGUGCUUCUUGUUUUGGAUUCUUUGAUGCUUCAUCAAAUGUGUGACUAUGUCUAUAACUUGGCCACACUCUUCCACGACUUCUACAAUGAGUGUUACGUCAUUGAAAGAAAGGAAGGAGAGCCAGUUGUUGUUCAUUUCCAUCGCCUCGCUCUCUGUGAAGUCACCGCAAAUGUCAUCUCAACUUGCUUCAAGAUCCUAGGAAUUCGUGAAGUACCAAAAAUGUGA